GUCAACCAGACCACAAAUUCUCCACAGAACAUGAGUUCCCAUCCAGCUGUUAGAUUUAAUGACCCCCCAGUGACUGACUGUAAUGCUAUGGAUGUGGAUGACUCAUCUAUGGGCCGGGUAUCACCAGAUGACUUAGAUGGCUUAUACCUCGGGCCGGAAGAUGACUUAGAACAUGUUUCCAUGUCAUCAGGACCCCCUGGGUGCAUAUGGCUGCAAUUCCCGAUCAAUCAGAUCCGGGCCAGCCGAUGAUGCCGGCUAUCUCGUCGAUCCAGAAUUGUACCUCGGGCCCGAGGAUGAUGUCAUUGAUGUUGAUGAGCUGCCGGAUUCUGCUUAUCCUCCCAGUGUUUCCCCGGCUGCCUCAGAUGUAUCUAGUUCAUCCGAAAC